AAUAUGAAAUGUCUCGCGGAUUCUAAAGUAACCUUAGCAGAUUAUAAAUUAUACAAACGAAGAUGGUUUAUGUUAUUUUUAUUCUUGGUUUAUGUGUUUAAUGGUUCGCAACAAUGGGCCCAAUUCACAAUUAUCAAUAAUUUGGUUACGAAAUACUACAAUGUUACAACCACGCAAGUAGAAUGGACUUCGAAUAUAUUUACUCUGUCGUACGUUAUACUUGUAAUACCAGCGUUAUACCUAAUUGACUUUCUGGGUGUAAGAUACACGAUGAUCCUCGGAGCUUUUGGCAUCACGCUUGGUAACUGGAUCAAAGUAUUUUCUGUGGCACCCGAUCGGUUUUAUGUGGCUUUCUUGGGACAAUGCUGUUCGGUUUCUUUUUUAAUGAUGAGUUACGGAUUAAUGGGACGUUUUACUGCAAUUUGGUUCGGAGCUGAUGAAAUCUCGACUGCUGGAGCUUUAGCUACUUUAGGAGAUCAACUGGGUGGAGCAUUUGCUUACUUUUUCCCUACUGUUUUGGUGAAAGAUGGUCCUGAAGAAGCCAUUGGGAAUGGAUUAAGAAACAUGCAUCUGUGUGUAUCGAUUACUUCGACUAUUAUAUUUUUCCUCGUUUUAUUCCUUUUUCAAGCCAAGCCCAAACUGCCACCCAGUGUAGCUCAAAUUAGACAAAAACAAGCCGAACAUAAAAAAAUACUACCAACUUUAGUCAAACUGGCAAGGAAGCCGGAAAUUUUACUGUUUAUGGUUUCGUAUGGAUUAAAUUGCGCUUCAUUCGCUGCUUUAGCUACCUGUUUGAAUGAAAUCGUCGUGACAAAUUUUCCGGGAGCUGUCAGUGAUGCCGGAAAUAUUGGCUCUUUGAUGAUGAUCAGUGGAAUUAUAAGUUCACUUCUCGCCGGAAAAGUGCUAGACAGGACUCGAAAAUUUAAAGAAUGCGCCCUUUUCUUAACUUGUGGUUCGACACUCUCGAUGAUUGCAUUUGCAUGGUCGUUGAAAUCUGGUAACAUUCUAUUCGUCUACGUAGCCGCAAUUGUUACCGGAUUUUUCGUAAUGGGAUACUAUUCUAGUGGAAUGCAGUUAGGUAUCGAGCUUACUUUCCCAAUACACGAAGAAAUAUCCGCUGCCAUUACGUUUCUUUCUGGUAUGACGUGCGCUUUUGUGAUAACCAUAGCAUAUGGUUACAUGAUAAAGAGUAUUGGCGACUUAAAAUCUAAUAUCGUGAUGAUCUCGUUGAAUAUUAUCGCGACCGUAGCCACAUUCUGCAUUCCGGUUGAUUUGAAACGUCAACGAGCCGAAAAUGAGUCUAAUACGAAGUCUAACGAAUUGAAAGAAUUCCUAUAAGUUAACUCGUCACUUUCUUCAAAAUGAUCUCGAGGAGUAACAUUUUUAAAUAUGUAGGUACGUUAUCAAAGUUUCCAGUUAGAUCAAAUUGCAUCGUAAAAUAUUUCAUAUUAUUUUUAAAAAUUCGAUGGAAACAAUAACAGUCGCUAAUCUAUUUAUUCCAUCAGCUUCUGGAGACACAUCUACAAUACACACUUCAUGCAAGUUAAUCGAUAACUUAUCAGCUGAUAAUGAUAUUUUGAAAUCAAGAAAUCGUCGUAAAAACAAUUAAAAUUGAUGAAUUAUCAGUAUGCAAUGCAAAAUUAUAGGAAACGAAUAAAAUAAAAGGAAAAAUAAUUUUCGUUUCAUUUUUAUCCGGACUAUACUGGAUUAAACUGGCCACAUUAUUAUUUACGGGGUACCGAUUAGGCAACUUAUCUUACUCCUACAUCUUACAAGUAAAAUUGACUUGACUUCCCUUCCCUUCCCUUCCACACUUCCACCAAUUCAUUAUGGUCGCCGAAUUCUACAACCCGAGAUAGCGCGGUUAUUCGAUAUAUUUUUUGGAUGUGAGAGGGAGGGGGUGGGUUCUUUCAGCAGGUGAGUGUUUUCAACCCUUAUACGUUGGGCUGGUGCUCGAAAUAAAAUCCCUCUUUAAUGGGAAUAUAUGUAGUAUGCCAAUGUCUAUAGUCAAAUUAAAACAAUAUUAUUAUUGAACAAAUUUUUAAAUCAAUAUCUCGUACAAGGGAGAAGUUCAAAAAUAUCUCAAAAACAAACUCUAAACGUUUUUUAACCACGCCACAUAAAAGAGGUCUUAAAUGACAAAAAAAAAAUCAAAAAAUCUUUUUUCGCGACCUCUCACAAGUUACGAUUUUGUUGUGUUAUUCGUGGCAUCUGACGAGGAAGCCCCUCAGAAAAACUCAAUUUAAGGGCGGGAAGAUGACGCGUUUGAGCCCUCAACUGAUUGCCAUUUCACAAAAGUAAUUACAUAAACAAAUCGACAAAAAUAUGGAUUUUUUGCCACUUUAAUUUUUGGCCUCUCCUGAAAAAAUUCCACAAAAUGGAUGUUAUUUGCUUAUUUUUGUGAUUUUCAACAUGAAAAAAAAACAUGAAAAAACAGUACAAAAGCACGAUAAUUUGUCAUAAUUAGUUUAUUUGAUGGGUGGGAGGAAGGGUUCAAUAUUAUUAUUACUAUCAAUUUUUUUGACUACUUGAGAAAACAUUUCGAUUUUUUUCAAAUUCAAAAUUUUCAAAUGUCUAGAUCUUCUCCUACAAACUUAUCACAACUUCAGAGGAAAUUCAAAAAUUUUUGAUUUAAAAUUACAAUACAAUAUGAAAAAACAAGCAUUUUUGUCAAAAAAAUUCAGAUUUCCAGAAUUUUUGUCCUCUGAUUAAAACGCAGAAAAAAAGACAAAAGCAGGACAAUUUCUUAAAUUUUAUUUGAAUGGAAGAGAGGGGUUCAAUUGUAUUUUUUCAUCACUUACUCGAGAAAAUAUUUCGACUUUUAAAAGAAUUCAGAAGGUUAAUUUCCCUGCUCCGACUUCCCCUCCAAUUUAUCAUCACUUGAGAGAAAAUUUUUUAGAAAUUCAAAUUUUCAAAAUAAGGGAAGAAUAACUGGGAAAUUAGAAAAUAUUUGGUUUAAAAUUUGAAAAAAAAAACCAAAACAAUAUCUCAAUAUUUUUCAGAAGGAUAAGUAUCAAAAUUUUUGUUUCGUGAAUGAUUAAAAAAUUGAAAAAAGUUAGUACAAAGAGUCAAACAAACAGGACAUCAUGAUAAAGGGGGGGGGAGCAGAACUUUCUGCAAUUGAAAGUUGUUGAGGACCUGACGUAAGGCCUUCCAAGUGUUAUCAAAGCAACUUACCCAGUUCUGUGCACUGAGCAUGCAAAAAACACAUCCUCACUGAAAUGGUUCAUCUCAUUUUCCAUUUUCCAUUUUUUUUUUUUUUUUUUUUUUUUGAAAACUUGAUGGAGCAUUGGAGCUCAAACAAAAUCAAUGCUCAAAUGACCUCAAUAAGACGUAGAAAAAUGUCAAAUAUUUUGGUCAAUAUUUAGCAAUUUUAGCAACCCCAAUUUCAAUAAGGUGAAAAAAAUGAAUUUUCAAAACAUCAAAACGGGUGAGGAAGAGAGUUCAAUAUUCAUCUACAAAUUCGACAUUUCCCUUACAUCUGAAUAAAGUCAUCAAUAUAUCAUAAUUUUAUGCUACACCUACACUCCAUCAAAUUGAAAAAAAAAAAAUGAAAAAACCACCCGCCAUCCUCACCUUACCAAUUCGACCUUACACGUACGUGAAAAUAAUAAAAUCAACACCAUACAGAAAAAUUAUACACAUUUAAUACUACACAAAUUUGGCGCUUGUAAACAAUUUUAGUCUUGAAUAAGCGUUUAAAAAAAAGAGACAACAAGCAAAACAAUAUCUCGAACGAAUGGAAUGAAUUGUUUUACACAUUAAAUAAAAUUGUAGUAUACAACAGACGGAUAGUUAGAUAUUCUUUUCGACUUUCGUUCAAAUUUUCAACUCGCAUUUUGCAAAGUAUAAUAAAAAUUUCACUACAAAAUUAGGGUACGUCUACGUACUAUAUCUGAGAAGUGGAGCAAAAACAUUAUAAGAAACAGGUAUGUAAAGUAUCUAAGUACAUUAAAAUAUUAAAAACAGGAAAAAAGAAACUCAUUAUAGUAAGCGGAGUAUUAAUACCAGCGAUAAUAAUAAUUUUCAAUACCGAAGACCAAAAAAGAAAAAAAAAGGUAGGGGAAAAAUCAAUAAAUUACUUCAUCUUACUAAAUUGUACACACAAUAAUUGUUUUAAUACGUAACACAAGUAUCACAUUAACGACGUCAUUAUAGAAUCUUGCUAGCAUUGCUUAAAAGACCAAAAAAAAAAAAGGAAAAGAAGAAUAUUAAUGAAUACUUAGGCUACAUAUUAUAAUAGGUAGGUUAAUACCUACUUAAUAUAUAUAUGUAUAUUAAAAACUGCGACACGAUAACACACACACACACACGAACACACAAGAGAAAACAAACAGACAGAUAGAAACAAGAGUUAAAAACACAUAAAUAGAUAGGUAUACGUGUAUAAAUUUCAUGAAAACAUACGCCUAAAUGAAUGAAAAUCUUUCGUUCCAAAAUAAUUUCAAAAUUCGAAAAUAGGUAAAUGCCGGUAUCGUGUUUGCGAUUCGUCUUCUGUAAUCAAAUACUUCUAUUCUUUCGUUAUAGGUAGGUCUAGUAUGUUGAGAAACCCGCGAAGAUUUCGACUGCGAUGUAACUGAUUUAUGGUAAAUUCAUCAUUAACAAAACUAUUUCAAUUUUGUAGUUUUUAUUUAUAAAUUAAGAAAUAAUAAAACUAACGAUACACGCAUAAUAUUAAUCCUUAAACAUAAUUAAAAUAUAACGUGAAAAUUGUAAUCAUAACGAAUAUAAUAAUACAUCAUAGCAAUUUACUACACUUAUUCGUUUGAUAAGAUUUCAUGACAAAAAUUUUCAUACUGCCCGAGUACUGAGAACAAAAAAAAAAAAAAAAACAUAGAAGAAAAGAAUAAGAAAAACGACUCCGCGAUCUAGAAAUUCCCCAGCAUUCGUAUUACUCGUAUAUCAAAAUACCUAAUUUUUCUGCUCGGUUCUCUCGAUGAGGUGAUACGGCCCCAACAAGGAGGGGGCGGGGGCAGGGGCAGGAGCAUACAUCACUCUCAAACACACCACAGACGAGGAGUGAUGCACACUCGCGUAUCACUUCAGCCAGAGAAGCGUCUACUUGCACGAGGAGGGAGAAAAAUUCAUCAAUGACUCGAAUUUUUUUUAGGAAAAUCAUUUCUCGACGCACGAUCCAACGAUUAGGAAUUUUCAACCAGUGAAAUGAAAUCGGAAGAAAAUACAUCAUCCGUCGUCGGGGAGGAAAGAAGCUUAAAAAUUACGGAAUGCUGUCUCUCUGCGCCCAUCUUUUCGUCACGGUAUUUCUACUACUACGAUUCCUCCAUACGCAAGCUAUCUCAUCAUAGUCGUCGUCGUCAUCGUCAUGAUACACACACAUACAUUUAUAAACAUACACAAACACAUCGUAGGUACGUUAAUUAUCUACAUCAUCGCGUACAGGGACAUUCAAAUAAACGGUAUGACGGAGAAAAAAAUAAAUAAAAAGAUGAUCUGGGGAAGAGAGAUACAAGACGACAAACAAUCCGAACUAGUACGUUACGAUUUUCCACGACUCCUUUGAAAUACGUAUCAUCUCUUCGUACACCUCCUCUCCCCCCGGGCUCCGAAGACCAUCGUUUUCCGAACAAAAUUCACACACCGUGACGUCGUCGCUCGCUCAUUCUUCCUUCGUGAUCGAAAAAAUUUUGCCCCCCCAAAAAGAUGGGCAACAGAGGUGCCGGAAGGGGGAGAGGGGGUGGAGGAGUCCUACAUCACGUCCGUCUUGAUUAAACGCUUAUCUCGUGGUAGUAAAACUGAAAUCGUUACACAGGCGCCAAAUCGUACCGGAAAUUUAAGUACUUUACACGCUGAUUUCAAAAAAAAAAAAAAAUAGGGAGGGGGAGGGG